AUGGCGACUAAGACAUAUAGGGCACACGAUGCAGGAAAAGACGCAUUCCAAAGGGCAAUCCCCGAAGAUACAGUCGUGCAAGAUAUCAAAGAGCUUCCUCGCUUUCUGGCUGAGUUUAAGCGGCCAAUGCCAAUGGAUCUCAACCUUUUGCGAGCAGAGUUAAUCGCUGAUAAACUUGCCAAAAUAGCCAGUUUUAUGAUGCAGCACUCCGUCAUCACCGCGGUCCAACAAUUCAUUGCCGAUGCCCCGAUUGUACUGAAUGAGUCAAUCCACUACUGCAAUGCAAUCUACCUACUUUGCAAGAUAUUCGCGGCGCUUCGAGGAGAUACUAUCGUCGAGGAUCGCCUUUGGUCUAGUCUUAUUAGUGGAUGGGCGGUAAUGACAAAACAGCUCUGGGACAAGCGUCAUCUGACAAUAUUCCCUGAUCCUGAACGGCAUGAUUCCCAUUUUAGCAUUUUAUGCGAAUUUAAGAGCACUUUCAUCUCUAGAUUUCGCGAGGUCAUCGCAAGCGAAUCCGAUUACACGUUUUCACUUCUACUCAAGUACUGGAGAAGAGCCGUUUGUAGUGGAGUCAAGCAAUCAAUCCUCACCAAACUGCUCACUCUUAUUCAAGUCGACUCAGAGCCUUCAUUCGAAGAACCAUUCGAUCUAAACCGGCUCCGCAAACUUUCGGUGUCUAUACAGGCCGAGUUUGGGCCAAAUCCAGGGCCUGAGAUUGCAAAAGUAUUGAAGGCUAUGCUCAGUCGGGGGCAAGGCCAGUGUGAUGCAACCCAUCGACACAAAGAAGGCCAUUCGGUCGCGGCAUGCGCAUGUUUCAUGCAUGCCUUGGUAAACACCCAGGCGCAAAGUGUCGUAAAGGGGCAUAAACAAUAUGUCGAAGCUUUGGCGACGUCGCCUCCAUUGUGGCGAGCGUACUUUCGCAGCCUGCGAAAAGACAGAUCGAUCAUGGAAAACACCCACUCGAUCCGAAUUACUCUCACCCCACUUGGCAAAAUCCUGGGUUCAAUGAUAGAUAAUACGGACCAAAAGAAGCGAGAUAUUCUGGUUAUGGGCCUCAUAAAAUCGUCAUUUUUUGACUACAUGGAGGCGUCUUUGUCUAUCAAAGACGCCUCCAGCGCAGAUGCUGGGGUCAUUCAUGACUGUUUAGACGGCUUUUAUCAAAACCUACAAAUAUCAAGUCCCAAGACGUGUCGCUCGAUAGGCAAGCGUAUGCCGAGAAUCCGACUCUGGUAUCUUCUAGCCAAAGAGUUUCUCUCGCUCUCACCCGAGGUUGCGUCGUCACAGCUCGGGAGAGAAGCCAGGUACAACUACUGGGUACCUCUGAUGCUCAUUCAGACAAAAGUUGUACCUCUCAGACGGUGCCAAAAUCGAGGGUGCAUGACCAAGGGCAAGUUUGAAUGCAAGGAUUGCAAGGCGCGAUAUUGCUCCAAGGAAUGUCAGAAAUGCGAUUGGCCCGUCCAUAAACUAAUUUGCAAGAUGAUACCAAGGGUCAGAACUAUGUACGAAUUCUCAAAAUGGAUGGAAAUGAAUCCAGGAGACGAAUUGCCGCUCCAAAUGCAACAUGCGGAUGGAAAGGUUUGCUAUUUCGAAAUUUUCGACGCUCUUUCCAGCAUCAUUUUUGCGCAUCCGGAGCAUUUUAACAUUGCGGAACCACUCAUAAAUGCUCUUCUAGGUAGAUGGAAGAGCAUCAGUCGACAUCUGUGGCGACAGAGAGCACUAGACGCCAUUCCAAGUACUGAGAAGCAUCGUAAAUCGUUUGGAAACCUGUGCAAAGUUCUGUCACUGCUUUCUGCACCUUUUCGUCGGCUCAUCAAAGAUCGAGAUGACUUCACCAUUCCACUUCUUGUUCAGUAUUGGCGCUUCGCUCACUGCUCUGAAUCAAAGCGCGCGGUUGAAGCUGCGUUACGAACCACUCUCCGUACAACAUCCCGGAUGAGAGACCGCGCUGGGCUCGAGGCAGCGGAAGAGGCGCUCCUUAUUCGUCGUUUCUUCGCUUGUCUGGCUGAAGAAUUUGCAUAUCACUACGAACACGGGGACGAUCCAUCCGUCAUUUGCGGCGGCUCGUUUAUCCAGACGCUGGCAUUCGACACAAAGUUGCCCAUGAGUGGACUUCAGCGCAAUAUUCUGGAAGCGGUCGUCAAAUCCAAGGACCUCUGGAAACUCUUCCUGGCCCAGAUGAUUCAUGAUGCGACGGAGAUACCCGACCUUCACGAUAUCGAGGAGAAUAUGGCACCUUUACAUUCGCUGAUGCACGUUAUACCUCGUCUAUCGCUGAACUUGUCCGGAGACCUGCUCCUUAUUUGGGUUGAAUCUUCUUUCUUCGAGUAUAUGGAAAAAGUGGCCCCGUCUUUGGUCGCAACUGAACAUGGAGCAGAGCUGGUAACCGAGAUCAUGUCUCAUGUUCGGGAUAUGUUUGAGGACGCACCCACCAUCAAGCUUCGCAAAGCUCUCGCCCUCAACUUACCUCGGAUGAGACUAAUGUAUACACUUGCAGAGAGAUUCCUUACAUCCAAAUCAAAGUACGACUAUACUCUCCCAGAUUCUGGAAAUGACAAGUAUCGUUUGCGUUGCUGGGUCAAUUUUACUCAACUCCAAACUCUUGUCGCACCUCUGAAGCGAUGCUCUCGCCGUGGAUGCCUGAAGAGGGGUCGCUAUUUCUGCCAGGCGUGUGCGUCAAGAUAUUGCUCCCCGGAAUGUCAAAAGUGGUGA